AUUAUGUUCGCCUGGUGUCUCAAAAAGAAAAAGACAUGUACAUGUGUGCAGUUUUUCGCUGGAAAUAGGUAUGGGCACGUCAGUUCAAGAAUCAAACUACUUAGCAACUAAGACCAUGUUACUAUGGUAAAAUGACAAACAAAACCUUAUUGUUAAACAAAUGCAUAUACAAUAUACUGUUUUUAAGACUUGUGAUGGAGCCAGCCAAAAUAAUUGGAAAACUAAAGGAACAAGUGCGUAUGGAACACAAUUCGCGCCGGAAUUUUCCGCAAGUCUGGGCCCAAAUAUCAGACAAGCAAACUAACAAAUUCUACCACCAAAAUGAGAUUAAUUCCCAAUUAAGCGACCAGCUUCAACUUAAAGAUCUGUGCUCCUUCCUACACAACAACCAGGGCGAAUCCCAAUUCGUGUCUCCAGAGAUGUACAAAAACUUAUUGGCUGUGUGUCGUUGCGGUCGAGCUCGACAAAACCAUCAUAUGGGCAAAUGCCUACAGAGAGCGUUGAGUCCAGACUGCGAGCGAUCCAAGAUACAGGGAAGCCCUCACGAUUCCUGUCCGCAACCGUUGAGUGUGCCUCGCACUUCAAAUUCUAGCAUUGGUUUUGUUGGAACAUCGAAGAGCUACCAAAAGCUAGAGCGUUCUAUGCAGUAUGUUUCUCCUGCCUACUCCAUGCGGGGACCUCGAAUAACGGCAGUCCCAUACAAUCAUAUUAUUAUUGGCUAAGAUAUGCAUGUAUUUAACAUUUGCUUUCAGAGAAUUACCAAACUAGAUUUUCGAUGACUCAAACAGGGAAUUUCCGAUGGUUCUACUUCCACCCUAUCAGACUCCACCAGUACAGAAAUAAUCUUAAUACUUCAUAGCAAACUGGAAUUUUUAGAAACCUGUAUUCAGUGGCGUUACCAUUUUAUUUAUUCGGCCAUAAUAAAUGUUAAAAAUACAUUUUUUAAAUUUAAUAAUGUAGGUAAAUAGGAUUUUUUAUAUAUUUUUAAUACAUUUUGAGCAUAUAAUAGAAUUGUAAUCU